AUGCCUCGAUCGCGGAAAAAAGUGGCGCGCUUCGACCCUUCCCCGGAAGCCGUAGCCUCCUGGAACGACACGUCCCUCAAGACUAGGGUCGUGGUGGACCUCCAGGCCCGCGUCCGGCUCGGCUUGUCCUCCCCCGAGGGGGCGGCGGCGGCCAUCGCUGCUGCCAGGAGAGAGGCCGCCGCGGCAGCGGCAGCCGCGGCGGAACAAGAGCGCGCCGCCGCUCUCGCCCGCCGCCGGGCGGGGGGGCGCAAGCGCCAGCGGUCGGGGGAGGCAGCAGCAGGAGGAACCAGCAAGUGGCCGCCACCCAUCUCGGGCCUGCGCGCGGGGCACCGUGGUGACGAUCAUGAGGGAGGAGGAGGGGGGAGCUUUUCGGCGGGGACGACGGACAGCAGCAGCAUCAGCUGCGGCACGAGCGGGAGCGACAGCGAGUCGUGCUCCUCGUACGCAUCGCAGGGGGGGGUUCCACCGUCGUCGACAACGGCGACCCACCAGAGGUUGGCGUGGCGACCCCCUCAAGCGGGGGCGGCGGCCGCGGGGGGAGGCGGCAGCAGGGCGGACGGGAGCGGUGGCGGCGGGGCGGCGGCGGCGGCGGACGUGGCCGCCACGAGCAGCGGAACGGCCUCGCCGAACGGCAAGAAGAAGCCGCGAGCGAGAGACGAUGACGAGGAGGAGAGGGCGAGCAAGAAGCAGCGGCGGAACGUGGUGACCGUGAAGCUGGCCCGAUCGCAGAUGCCGUCGCGGUGGGCGGCGCCGCCGCCGCCGUUCGAGACGUGCCUCAGGGACGUCCGACCCGCUGACAAGCUUGGCGGUCGGGCUAGCGGCGGUCGCGCGUGCGGUGGGGGCGGGGACGAUGCGGCCGCCGCGGCGGCCGCCAGCAUGCUCGGGCUCGGCGAGGGGGACGUUGUCGACGCGAAGAACUGGCUGAGCUCGGGUUUCAUCGACGUGGUCAUGGCCAAGUUCGCCCGCACGUACACGAACGUCCACUUCAUGCCGAUCGACUUCGCCGUGCUGUGCCUGAACGGGUGGGGCGCUCCGGACACGCCUCCUCCUGCCGCCGCCGCCGCCGCCGCCGCCGCCGCCGCCGCUUCAGGUGGCGACGCCGGGGCUAGCGAGAGCGGCGGAGAUGGCGGAGGGGCCGAAGCGGCGACGGCCGCCAACGCUGCCGCCGCCGGUGCCGCCAACGCCGCUCUCGCCGACCAGAGCAUGGUCUUCAAGGACGUCCUCGGCAGGCCGAUCGUGUACUCGGAGAAGCGGCCGGUGAUCUUCCUGACCCACGUCAACAACGUCCACUGGAACCUCCUCCGUGUGGAGCACGACCCCGUUCCCGAGCUGCAGCUGUUCGAGCCGAUGGGGAAGCCGCCGCGCCGGCAGGGGGGGUCGCGGUACACCCAACAGCAGGCCGCGGGUGGGGGCGGCGGCGGGGCCCCCGGCGGGCGGAGCACCGGCUUCCGCUGCAUCCCGAAAGAGGUGUACCGUUGGCUGGACGCCGUGUGGCCGUUGCGCUCCGGGGGGGAAAUCCGCGGCGGGAGUUGCAGCAGUGGCAGCGGGGGGUCGAAGAGGAAAGCCCCCAGCCCUACGCCGUCGCACGAAGGCUGGGCCUCGCGCGCGUACUCGGCCAUCACGCGGCAGCAGCAGACGACCGGGUUCGACUGCGGCGUGGCCUCCUUGCUGUACGCGGAGAAGUGCGGGCAGGGGCAGAUGCGCGAGGACGUUGACGCGUGGACUACCCAGGCGGAUAUGACGGAGUACAGGCGCGCGCUUCAGCGCUACGUUGAGGAGGUCCUGCGCCAAGAAGAGGACCCCCCGACAUCGUCCGGCCGUCCAUGGAGCCCCGAUGAUGGGGCGGCAUCGCCUGAGGUGGUGGUGGUUGACCCACCGCUGCCGCUGCCGGCCUCCGCUCCGCUUCCCCCUGCUGCCGCGGUGGCGGUGCCGGCGACGACGGCCUCGGCCCCGUUGUCGCUGUCGUAGGGAUGAUUUGAGAGUCGUUGUAACCCUGAGGGUUGAAGACUUGUUAGUCCCCUAGCUAGCAUGUCACGGGAUGCAGAAAGGGGUGCUUUGCUCCCUGCAGCUAGGCAUUUUCGUGUCCAGGUUUUUUAUGUUUGCUGUGGGGUGGGUUUUUGUGUCCAACUGGCCGGCUGCGUGUAUGCGCGUCCCCGGAUUGGUGUAGUGGCGUUUUUGCUUUUGUUUUUGCACGUGGGGGGGAGAGGAUGCUGUUUGUUCCUAGCGGUGUGCCUUUCUGCUGUGUGGAAGGUCACUUCCACAUGUUUGAAGAAGGAAGCCCGCCUGGUUCAGCUGGUAGGUAGGGUGUUACAAGCGGCAAACACCGUGACGUUUCGCUCUGUAAAUAAAGUGUUUUCCCAGUGAUCGGAACAGCAGCAUGGCCGGCGGUCCGCUGUUUGCUGCGGCCGUAUUGUGUUGGUUUCUUGUAGGUGGAGGCUUUGACGGAGGCGGAAGACAGCAGGAGAGAGGACAGUUUGGAGGAACUGCUGUAGAAGCUCACAACAGUGUUGUCGUGCAUGCCGGAAGCAAGGGCAGCGAAACAGGAGCGUACAGGGAGGAUGGAAGAUGGUAGUGUUCUCAUGCUUGCGGCAAGCGACCCUCGUCACGGGUUGCUCUUCGUGGUGAAACGCGAAGGCUCCGCGCAGAGGUCGCCGGCAGCGAUCGGCAAGCGGAUGGAUAUUCUCGCUCUGUUUACGAUUUUCCGGGGCAUUGCAAGAAGAUUUGGCGAGAUCCUUGUGGAACGGCUGUUUACAUCCUCACGAUGCUGCUGCACCUGGAGUUCAUUGUACAUUUCAUCCAGCAGAUGGGUGUGAGGGGGAAGAGCGACUUAGGGUCCCGUGCUUCACUUGGUAAAACUUGUAGUGGGUGUUGUCUCAGCUAGCCAACUUGGCAGAGACGGCGGUGGUGUGGUACGCGAGUUUUCGUCCGCGCGCUGCGGCUGAGGCGCGCGCCGUCUUUGCGGUAGGUAGCAGAGUGUUUCGUAUCAUAUCCUAUCCAAGUCGGCAACCGGUGGUGUUCGUGUGUAGAGGCUUUUUUUAACGGUAACGGUGGGAGUUACGGCUCUUGCAUACGCUGGGGAUUGGGUGCAUGCGGCAGGCGCUCGUGCGAGGGGGAAUCACCCCAGUGCGGGAUGGUAGGCGUAGUGAACAUGACUCGAUUUGUGUAUCAGUCCGCCCUCCUCGUAGUUGCGGGCGGCAUAUAGGUGUUAAGCGUAGGAGCAGUUACCUUGUGGUCGUCCUGUCGGUCAUUUGCGAACUGCUGUGUUGGUACCUCUGCUUGGAUAAAGGUUGCGCUGCAAUUGCGCUGUCGGUCCGUUGCGCUGCGGCGUGUCUAUGCAAGCGAUAUGGACAUGAACUAUUUGUUUUGUGUUGU